CGCCCCCUUUCCCGAGCGGGGGUGGGGUUGUCCGGGAGUCGCUUCAGAGGUGACGCUGGCCCUUUAAGGAGGCCAGUCACGUGGCGCAGAAAGGGGCGGAGCGCAGAGCCCGGUAAGGCGGAAGUUGCUCGGUCGCCCCCUCAGCUCGGCGUCGUUCGAGAGCCCCGAACAUGGCGGGGAUCAAAGCUCUCGUGGCCCUGUCCUUCAGCGGAGCCAUCGGGCUGACGUUCCUCAUGCUGGGCUGCGCCCUGGAAUACUACGGUGUGUACUGGCCUCUGUUUGUCUUAAUAUUUUACUUCAUCUGCCCCAUUCCCCACUUCAUCGCAAAAAGAGUCAGCGAUGACAGCGAUGCCGCCAGCAGUGCCUGCAGGGAACUGGCCUAUUUCUUCACCACUGGAAUUGUUGUUUCUGCUUUCGGAUUUCCUAUAAUCCUCGCACGGGUUGAAGCGAUCAAAUGGGGAGCCUGUGGUCUGGUGCUGGCUGGCAAUGCAGUCAUUUUCCUUACUAUUUUAGGCUUUUUCCUUGUCUUUGGUAGAGGAGAUGACUUUAGCUGGGAACAGUGGUAGGACAUCGCGCUGACACUGGUAAUGUUUUAUGGCAUGUAUCACCGUAUGUAUACGCUAUGUGUAUAUAUGUGUGUGUCCCUGCUGAGAUGUACGUGUGUGCAUAUGCGUGUAGUUUUACAUUUUCAGAUCUUAACAUGCUUUUUUAAAAACACAUUUCAGCCAAAGUUAAGAGACUUUUGUAACAGCCUUCUUCAUGUGUUCAGUAAAAGCUGGAAUCACGGUUGCAAAUUUGUCCCCAAAUAAGUUUACAAAACAUAAGCCAUUCUACUGAUUUUUUCACUAUAUAUGCAUUAACUUUUGUUUUAAUCACAGUAGUAUCAUUGAUACAUCUGAUAUUGUCAGCAUGCCUGUUGUUUUUUUUGAACUGUGUAAUCCAAAUAGGCCAAUAUAAAGAUAAUCCUACUCGGUUCAGCUUGAUGGAUCUUUCUGCUCUGAUUAGGGAUGUAGAAGUACUUGUUUUUAUUUGGGUAAUUGUAAUUUUAGUGUUUUUUCUUGAUAACAUAGAAACAAACAUAAGGCAUGUCAACUCUUUUACUAUCUAAUUGAAGAAAAGGAAAAUAACCCUGGCUAAAGAUCUUUCCUUCCACUUACGGUGUUCAUUUAAAUAGUAAACCACCUCCAAAGGUACUGAGGCUUUGUCUCUGUUCAACUUAACUGUGGAUAUAUUUUCAGAAUAAUAUAUUUUAAUGCUUUGAGCUGACAUUACUUCUCUUAUGAAGGUUCACAAAAGAAGAAACUACACUCAGGACACUUACAAUCACAAUGUAGUAUACAACUCUGUAUGCUUACAUGUGAAAUGCCUGAAUUGCAAAGAAGUGAGUGUUCUGCUGGGUAGGACUUCGUAUCUCUUCAUUUCUCGUUGCUUUUAAAACAUAUUUGCUCUACUACUUUUGUCUGUAAGAAUAGAUUGUUAUAGUAAAACACUAUAUUUUAAAAUAGCAUUAUUCUACUAAACAUUCACAUAGCCACACUUAGAAAAGUAAACUUUAUUACUGUUUUGAUUUGCUGAAUCCUGUGAAUUGUGGAAGCAUGUAGUUUUGUCCAAAUGCAUUCUGAUACAACUCUAGAAGAUAUUUCAGUCAUCUGCCAUGGGGUAGGGGAAGAGACACCUUAGUUUACUCUUUCUUUGAAAAAAAAUGGAUACGAAGAGGUUUCUUGUCUGUGAAGUAAGGCGCUAAAUUCCUGCAUAGGGUAUGUUUUACUAUUGCAAGUUCUUUAGACUAGCAGAUUGCAAGUGAGUGUUUUCUAGUUGUGUGGGGCAGUUCACAGCUGGUUGUUGUCACCCUGUGCAGCUGGGAGAGACACUGUGGAACCAGGUGGUAUAAUCCACCCUCCAAAACAAGCAGCUUGACCAGCACAAUGCUUUUUGCCCCCAGAGUUGCAUGGCACUACUCGUGCUGCUCUCCAAACUCUCUCAAUACUUGUGUACUGCAAAACAGUGCCCUGUGGAUUGCUGUGCAGAGUGAAAGUUCACAAAUUAAUGAAUGUUGCAUGGGUGUUCAGAUGCUGGGCACAGAAGUAAUUCUGUGGUCUAAGUAAUGGAGCAUCACUGAGGUAGGGUGGAAUAUCAGGUUUCAGGAAGGUUAAUUACAUGUUUCAAAUGUAAACUUUAAAUGUGUGUCUAGGCUGUUGUUCUUGAAGAAUUAACAUUAAAGGACAGUGUUUUUCUGGAUGUUAAUGCUUCAAAGAUGUAGCAGGAAUAUGCUUGUAAAGAUGCUGUGUGUACGUAAACAAAUUCUCUUGCAGUGUCUUCUGCCUGACUUUAAAUGAAAUCUGUUGGACUCUACUGAUUUGGAAAGUAUUGCUAUGGAAAUUAUUUGUUCUAAUUAUGAGCCAGGUUGUUCAGAGUGAUCAUUGUUUCCAUGUAUAAGCCCUGUUUUGGUUUUUGGAGAAGUUGCUUUUUUUCCCUAUACUGUGGCAUUUUUCAUUCAAAUAGGUGAAGUAAAACGGCAACAGUAAUACACAAUUUAAGUGCCUGAUCCUGCAAAUGCCUAAAGUUAUUGCUUACAAUUCUGUUUAACUCCUGUUAAAGUACAUGCGGGCUGGCUGGGUUUGGUUCUUGAGUAUUGUCACUCUUUACAAUUUACAUACCGAAAGCUGCAAUAGAAUUCUACAAAACUACUCAAUUAUUGAUGGAAUUUUGCUUUCAAUACAGUGGUGUAAAAACAGCUGAGAUUAAUUUUUUUUUUAGAGAAUCAUUAUUUGUAGAAUCUGUUCCAGAUCUAUUGGUAAAUAGUGUCCUAGAGGCAGCAAACGUGACAAUCUGAAAAGGAGGACUGGGAAGUACAGUCCUGAAGAGAUGUUGCUUCUUUGAGAAAUUAUUCUGUUGUACUGUAUGUCCUUUAUAUUACUGUGGUUGGUGGGUAUCUUAUGGAAUGACAGGUAUAUGUUGAAUGGAGGAAGUCAGUGCUUUUUUUUUUUUUCCUCCUUGUUUUGAAGCACCUACACGUACUAAUCCUUAAUGUGAACUUCAUGGAGUUUUCACCGUGGACUUUUAUUUCAAAUGCUUAACUUGAAAAAUUGUGUUUAACAGUGUUUAAAUCAUGGAAAUCUUCCUUGACCUCUUCUAAAGUAAAUUUGCUUGAAUGAGUCUAUGGUAUCAAAUAGUCGGGGUAAAAAAAAGUUAGUGUUGUGGGGGUUUUUUUUAAAUCGGGAGCUUCACUCAUUCACACAAAGCUGGUGCUUUGGCCAGUCCUGGGCAUAAUGUCACUGUCUGCCACUAGCAGUUCACUGUGGUUUCUCUGAAAUUGUUUUCCUAUAUGGAACUGAAUACUAUGUAUCCAAAGUGCCUUAAUUUCGAUACUAUGCUGAUUUUUUUUGUGAAUGCAUAUACAUAUGGCAAUAUUACCAUGUUUCAUAAUCAGGUGAAAAUCUGUUACUGCAUUUUAUAAAGCUUCUUUGUCAAUUAAUCAUCUUUUCUGUAAUUUGGAAUGCAGUGCAGCUUUUGUAACUUUUGUAAACACUAUUUUUAUUUUCUGCAAUUGCCAGGUUCUUGAGAGGAUGAAGUAUUAAAACAUGCAAGUUAAAACAUAUUCUACUUUUCUUUUUGAAUUGUCUAAUAAAACUGACUUUUUGAGUUGUCUAAUAAACAUAUCUGAUGCUUAA